CUUUUUUGGGUUGUCAAUUUGUUCUGUUUGUCGCGCUAGGCUAGCGUUUAGGUAGAGAGGGAGCUCACCUGGAGAUCUCAACACUUUGCCCUUUUAUUUCCCUCCCUUUUCUCUAUUCAUCUUAUCCUCAAAUCGCAUGAUACCCACUGAGCUCUUCAUUCACCACAUUGAGUGUAUACAGAUAUCUAUAUAUCAAGAAAUAUCGAACACCUCAAUCCAGCUGCCCUCCUCACAAUGGCCACUGACUCUGAGCGCGAGCUACUGAUCAACCAUGACUCCCAAUUGCAGUCCUACUACUACUCCCUCGAGUCGCGGAUCGGAUACCGGCUGUUCCUAGGAGGCACCCGGCAUUUUGGCUUCUACGAGCAUGACACUUGGUGGCCAUUCCCAAUCUCACGGGCCCUGCGAGCCAUGGAAGACAAACUGGCCGCGGUGCUGAACCUCCCCGCCUAUGCCCAUGUCCUGGACGCCGGCUGCGGCGUCGGCCACGUCGCGAUCCACUUAGCGACCAAGUACGGGUACCGGAUCAAGGGGAUUGAUAUCAUCCCGCACCAUCUCGAGAAAGCCAAGCGCAACAUCGUCAAGUCUGGGCUGCCGGACACGCAGGUCACGGUACAGCGCAUGGACUACCAUCACCUCGAGAGUUUGGGCAGCGACGCCUUUGACGGGAUCUACACGAUGGAGACUUUUGUGCAUGCGACCGAGCCAGAGGCGGUGUUGGCAGGAUUCUUCAAGGCCCUGCGUCCGGGAGGUCGUCUCGCUCUGUUUGAGUAUGACCACAUGCUCGAGGAUGGCGACAAGGCGCAGCAGGCACACCACAAAGCAAUGGCGGAGGACAUGCGAAGAAUCAACGAAUUCGCCGCGAUGCCGACCAACAGCCGGUCGCACCCGGGAAUCUUCAAGCAGAUGUUGGAGGACGCGGGAUUCGAGGAGGUGGAGGUGCGCGAUUACUCCGAGAACAUUCGGCCGAUGACGAGGCUCUUCUUCUUGGUCGCUUAUAUUCCCUACCUGAUUGUGAGCUUGUUGGGGUUGCAGCGCUACUUUAUCAACACGGUCGCUGGCGUGCAGUCCUACCGCGGCCGCGACCACUGGCACUACCUCGCCAUCUCCGCCAAAAAGCCGGGCACGCUGGCUGAGAUGCCCAAAGAUCGCUGAAUUUUGAUACUCUUACUUCACAUCGGACUCCUGACUAUGGAUUUCCAAGAUCAUUCCUUUGUUCCGUGACACCCAUC